CAGGUAGGAAGAGUAUUCAUCUGCUUGUUUUUAGGGUUUUACAUACUCAAGUCGGUCUCAGCAGCAAGCAAAGAGCAAUGGAUAGCAGACAGUUGACGGCAGAAUCGGUGCCGUUGUUCUGGGAAGGAAUAGGUUUACUUCUGCCUCGGUGAUCGGUUCUGCAACUGGCCGUCGAAAACGAGUGGGGCUGAGCUCCUCCUCUCCGAUGUCUUCUCCUUCUUUAACAGCUCAAAAGAGCCUCUUUACAUUGAUGAUCUAGAAAUGAUCCUUGAGGAAUCUCUACUUUCUUUGAAUACAAUGGCUGAGGAUGGCAGCAUUAUUUCUUCUUUAGAUUGGUUUAAGGCUUGUUGAUAAAUGAAGGGUUGCCUUCUCAACUUUAACAGCAAGUAAUUCUAUUCAAGAAUAUGGAGACCUUGUUUCCAAGGGUUGAUGGAUCAAACGAGGGAAACUGGUGCAAUAAAUUGAAGUUGUUGGGGUUUUCUUGGGAAAGGGUGGAGAGAGGACUUGGAGGAGAAGGAGAAACCCGGAGUUCUCUAUUUUUUGAUGAGCUCCAUGUGGCUGUCCCUUUGCUGCCACUGUAUUGCAGCUUUGACACCACAACUCCAACAGAAAUUGGGAGGAAAGAUAUCCUUGUGCAUAAUCUGGAAAUGGGUGGAAUGAAGAAGAUGCCGGAGGAAUGGGAGAUCCUUAUCCUUAACUAAAGUUGUAGACGAUGUGGCAAAAUGAGGCAAAGUUAAAAAAUUUUGAUGGUGAAAAUGACACCAAUCUGCUUGCUGAAUCAAAUUAAAUCACAUAU